AUGGCAAACCUUAGCAAACUUGAGUUUAUGGCUCUUGACAUUAGUGGAAAAAAAUAUUUAUCAUGGAUCCUUGAUGCUAAAAUCCACCUUGAUGCUAUGGGUCUUGGAAACACCAUAAAGGAUGUAAAUCCUUUAAAUGAAGCAUCAAGCCAAGAAAAGGCUAAGGCGAUGAUUUUCCUUCGCCACCAUCUCGAUGAUGGAUUAAAAGCUAAAUACCUUACUAUCAAAGAUCCAGCUGAUCUUUGGAAUAAUUUGAAAGAGAGGUAUGAUCAUCAAAAAACUAUGAUACUUCCUAGAGCUCGUUUUGAUUGGUUACACCUUCGGCUACAAGAUUUUAAAUCUAUGAGUUAG